GGCAGCACAUGGCUGUCCCCACUCUCAAACACGCGGACCGACAGAUACGGCGGUUCACUGGAAAACCGGAUGCGCUUCGGGUUAGAGACGGCACAGAGAGUGCGGAAAGUCAUCCCUAAAGAGACCCCACUUUUAGUACGUAUUUCGGUCACCGAUUACGGCAACGGGGGAUGGGAUGUGCCACAGAGUGUGGAGUUCGCCAAACGGCUGAAGGCUAUAGGCGUCGAUGUCGUGGACUGUAGUUCCGGUGGAGUCGUCGGAAACGUAGACUACGGGUCCUUCAAUUCGCCGGAAGUGCAGCACAAAGCGGCCGCUACUAUACAACGAGAGGCCGGUAUCCCGACGGCAGCCGUCGGCAAAAUAGUGCAUCCCUUUCAGGCGGAAAAGCUGUUGCAGGAUAACAGUGCGACCCUUAUAUUGAUCGGUAGGGCGUUACUCAAUAACCCCCACUGGGCUUAUGGUGCGGCCGAUGUGUUGGCAAACUCCGAGACCUUUAAAUAUCCCGAUCCCUACAACUGGUGUAUCGGCGCUACAAAGGCAUCCAAGCUGUUCAGUCCCGUGAAACUCGGUGGCCUAACACUCAAGAACCGCAUCGGUGUGUCACCAAUGGUCACGUGGGUAUCGGAGGACGGGUAUGUCAACGACUUUCAACUGGCGCACUACGGCUCGUUCGCCAUCGGAGGGGUCGGCCUAAUAGUAGUGGAGGCGACCGCCGUAGAGGCCAGGGGUCGCAUAACCCCCGCAGACCUGGGUAUCUGGAAGGACGACCACGUGGAGGGCUUGAAACGGUUGGCAACGCUAAUUAAAUCGCAGGGCGCCGUACCGGCCAUACAGUUGGCACACGCGGGCCGUAAGGGUAGCACUCCAGUCAUAGGGAAAGGUGUUAGGGGGGAGACGUUAACGGCUAAGAAUGGGGGCUGGGAUAUCGUGGCUCCCAGUGCCAUAGCCUAUGACGACGACAAGUCUCAAGUGCCCAAAGAGGCCACUCUGGAGGACAUCGAAGUACUGCAGAAAGCCUUUGAAACGGCGGCCAUACGUGCGGUUAAGGCUGGCUUUGAGGGUGCGUAG